CUGUCAAACGCCGUCAACAAAAUUUGUAAACUCAUCCAUUUUUGCUUGGCUGCAGAGUUUAGCAGAAAUAAAUUUGGAAUUUUUUACGAUAAAACAAACAGUUAGUGCAUAGAAGAAAACGUUAAUUGUUGCGUGAAUAGUUGAGUUUCCUGUAUCAGAAAUCAUGUACCCAAUGUCAGCGGUUAAUGCCGGACCGUUCUGGAGCAACGGACCGAGCCCCGGAGCAUUCUAUAAUUUUCCCGGAUUCCAGGCCGGCAAUGGUGCCGUUUCGGCUCGUUCGGAAACUCCCGGCGAGUAUGGGACUCAGCGGUCCUACACUCCGGUCACGACGGGAACCUCCGUGGUGGGACUGAAAUUUGCCAACGGUGUGGUUAUUGCUGCCGAUAAGUUGGUUUCGUAUGGAUCGCUGGCUCGCUUUCACGACGUUGAUCGGGUUUACAAAAUCAACGACAAAACCAUCAUCGGGAUUGGUGGCGAUUUUGCCGAUUUCCAGUACAUUAAGCGUCACAUCGAUCAGAAAGUGGUCGACGACAUGUGCUUGGCUGAUAAGAAUGAGUUGAAACCCAAAUCCCUUUACAAUUGGCUCACCCGUGUGAUGUACAACCGUCGGUGCGAUUUCAAGCCGCUCUACCUGGACAUCGUGGUCGGAGGAAUGCAGGACGGAGAACCCUUCCUGGGCCAUGUGAACCUACGUGGCCGCGCGUAUACCAGCAAUGUCGUCGCCACUGGUUAUGGCACCCAUCUGGCGCUGCCACUGCUCCGAGAAUACUCGGAAAAUCCAACCGCUUACGCCGGCCUGGACAAACAGAAGGCCUCCGAACUGACCAAGAGCGUGAUGGAAGUGCUGUGGUAUCGCGAUUGCCGAAGCGAUCCCAAGUAUUCCCAGGCCAUCUGCACGACGGACGGCGUUCAAGUGGAUGCCAACUGCUUCGUGAAGCAGAACUGGAAUCUGGCUACAAUGAUUAAGGGAUACUAGAAGCGUCGCUUGCGAAUUUGUAUGUACUUUGUAUUUGAUUCAACAAUCUUUUCAAAUAAAUCAUCCCGUUACAUUCGGCUUACUUACGUACGAA